AGAGCAAUUCCAUUUCUACGCCCGUCGUCGAUGGUUUAACAAAAUCCGCACUCUUAAUCCAAUUAAACAGCGUCGAAAAAAUAUAUUAAAAAAAAAAAAAAAUUACACAAACACACACAAGAAAAACAAUGCAUUUGCCCCAAGGAGCAUUAAGCUUUCUGUUCAUCACUUGCAUGAUGUUCGCACUGGCAGGCGGCCAUCCAUCAAGCGACAAGCUGAAGAUCCGAAUACACGUGCCGGUGAAGCACCACACACAUGUACACACGAAGACGGUCAUUAAGAAGGUUCCGCUGCCCAUUCCGGUGCCGGUCAAGGAGCACCACCACGAGCCGAAGAAGCACCACAGCAGCCGCAGCCAUCACCAUCACCACCACCACGACGACGACCAGGAUGACGAUUUCGAGGGCUACGAGUACCCCAUCAAGGCCAAGCGGCGCACGCGGCAUCCCUUUGUCUGAGUUCGGGCACAGACCACCCAACCACAUACGCCGCCCACUCCGCCCAACUCAGCGGGGAAAAUGAAAUCAAAUGAAAUACAAUUUACGCAGAUUAAGAUGGAAAUAAACCAAAAUACGAGCCAGCUUGGCCAGAAAAGGCCGAAAAAAAAACAACACAGAACACAAAGCAAGAAAAACGCAAUCCUGGGUCUGAUUUGUCGUCACUGUUUUUAGUGCGUAAGAGUACAACGUAAAAUAAAGAGAGAACCCUUAGAUCUAAGUAAUCAUUUCAGUGCAAUAAAAUAUACAAAAAUUACACUUAAGCACAAUUUAAAGCCGGCAUCGAAAACUUUUUCAUUGGUAUUUCAGUCACGACAAAGUUCGAGCACAUAAACAUGUUUUUUUUUGGGGGCUUUCCGUUUGUAAACUUAUCUGUGUGGGUGGUUGGAAAUAGGAAAAUCAGCUAGCUGAAAUUUAACAAGGAUUCAUUUGACUUUCUAGAAAUAAAUGGUAUUUUGUAAAAUUGUAAGCAACUAGCACAUAAUUCCUAAUUGAAGAAGUAGCUAGAGCUUGCACAAUAAAAUCUCCUCUUUGAGGAAAGAACAUUUUUUAAAGCUUAUUCAAUGUAUUUUAUUAAAAUAAACCAACUUAAUUAAAUGAAGUGCGAAAAUGGAAUCCAUUUUUGAUUUAAACUGCUAUUAUUGUAUAUUCCUGGCAUAAAUGUACGC